AUAUUGGACGCCUUAGUUUAGUGGCUAAAUCGGAACGAAAAGCACAUCGUACGGAACUGCACAAAAAAAAGAAUGGAUAAAAAAAGUCAGGCACCCCCAAGUGUGUUGGGAAAAAAUCCAUCCAUGGCCACAUGUCCGAGAUGCGGAGUCCGCGGCCAAACGGUGGUCAAUUAUGAGGCAAAUGCAAAUACUCAUUUGGUGGCCCUCUUUAUCUGCUUGGUGGGGGGCAUCUGUUGCUGCUGCAUUCCGUACUACAAAAACUCCUGCAAGACGGCCAAGCACUCCUGCGGUAGAUGUGGAGCCUACGUGGGAACAUGCAAGAACUAGAAAACCUAAAUAUCCUGCAGAUCAAAAUCGCCAAAAGCAUUAAUUUUCAUAUUUUUUGUAUUUACCAUAUUUACUUUAUAUCAAUAUAUACCAGAAUAAGAAUAGUUAUGU